CGCGUUGUGAUUGGCUCUGGAGGCUCACGUGCGCUUCGUCGGGGUCACGUGCCCUCGCUUCCUUUUGUUCUUCGUGAGGCUCCUUUGAUGCCGCUGUUGUUGUCGUCGUCGGGGCUGGGGGCUGAGCUUCCGUUUCCGGCGGUGCGUGGGGCGCCCCCUGGCGGAGCUUGAGCGGUUUCCCGCCUUUUCCUCUUCGCGGAAACGCCUGGGCUGAAGGAUCGGGAUGGAGAAGGAGGCAGGAGAACCUGAGACCGGCCUCGGGGGCGACGAAGAGGAAAGAAAUGCGGAGGAGCCUGUGGUGUCGCUAGCCGAGGUGCUGGCCGAGAACGAGGAGCUCGAGAAGGAGGCGCGCGCCGUGCUGGGCGGGAGCGACCACGAGCGCUGCAGUUACUCGCAGGGUGCAGUAAAGAGGCAAGCCUUGUAUGCCUGCAGUACGUGUACACCACCAGGAGAAGAACCAGCAGGGAUCUGUUUAGCAUGCAGUUAUGAGUGUCACGGUACCCACAAGUUGUUUGAACUGUAUACAAAAAGAAACUUCCGCUGUGAUUGUGGGAACAGCAAAUUCAAAAAUUUGCAAUGCAAACUACUUCCAGAAAAGGCAAACGUGAAUCCAAAUAAGUACAACGACAAUUUCUAUGGUUUAUAUUGUGUUUGUAAAAGACCAUAUCCAGAUCCUGAAGAUGAGAUUCCAGAUGAAAUGAUCCAGUGCAUAGUCUGUGAAGACUGGUUUCAUGGAAGGCAUCUUGGCGCAGUCCCUCCAGAUAGUGGGGACUUCCAUGAAAUGGUGUGUCAGGCUUGUAUGGAUCGCUGUCCUUUCCUUUGGGCAUAUGCCUCACAGUUAGCAGUUCCCACUGUGACCAAGGUUACUCUUGCUACUGAAGAUGGAGUUGUGCUGAAUGUUGAAGAAAAUGAAGAUGUUAAAAAGGAAAAUGGCGCAGAUCACCAGGUGAAGACUGAAGAAGAGAAAUUGGUACAAAAUAAUGAGCCAUCCACCAGUUCUGCAUCCACCUGCAAGCUGCCGACAGCUAAGAAUGAAGCAUCCACCUGCAAGCUGCAAGAACUUCAAGCCAAGCAAUAUCUAAAGAAAAACACAGCCACGUUUUGGCCACAUACCUGGCGGAGCAAACUGUGCACUUGUAGAGAAUGUGUGAAAAUGUACUCUGAUCUGGACAUCCCAUUCCUAACAGAUGAAUGUGAUACAGUCUUAGCCUAUGAGAACAAAGGGACGAGGGAUCAAGAAGCAGACAGGAGAGAUCCUUUAAUGGACACACUUAGCAGCAUGGAUAGAGUUCAACAGGUGGAACUUAUAUGUGAAUACAAUGACCUGAAAACAGAAUUAAAAGACUAUCUGAGAAGAUUUGCAGAUGAAGGGACAGUUGUUAAGAGAGAGGACAUUCAGCAGUUCUUUGAAGAAUUUCAAUCUCGAAAGAGGAGGAGGACAGACCGGAUGCAAUACUACUGUAGCUAGGCUGGCUUUUGGAAGUCAAAGGACAAGCUUUUCAGUCAUCUCCCCUAGUUUUUUAUUCUCUCCACUCCUGUUUAAUCCAAUUUAUUGUUCAUCUAGGCUUUUGCCCUAUAAGAUGUCUAUUGCUUUGCAGCUGAAACAUGUGCUUCAAUUUCAUGGCAAUUCUGCUGAAAAAUAACAGAAUAAUGGUUUCAUAACAUGUCACUCAUCUUGAGGAAGGUGGGGGUAAUGCUACAUAAAGGUUACUUAAUCUUUGA